AUGUCUGACAAGCGCGUAGACCCAGCGACAGGAGAGGCAGUCACGUACAACGAGCUGGUUACCACAUACAAGAAGACCUACAAGAGGCGCGAGAUUGAGGAGUAUUGGGAGGCUUGCAAGCCAGCAAGGGCCAAGAAGUCGAAGGCAGCACCUGCUAAGGAGUCCAAGCCCUCGGCUAAGGCGAAGUCCAAGCCGGACCCCAAGGCAAAGGCGAAGGAUGGCAAGAAGGACGAGAAGGCUAAGCCCAAGGCAAAGGCCGCCCCCACCAAGCCAGAGACCAAGACAGAUGACAAGGUCCGCACUGGCAAGGAUGGAGGUGCCUCAGCUUUGGCCAAGUUGCGCUCGUUCAGCGGCUGCGUUUUGGCCGAGUAUGUUUGGUUGGAUGCCGAUGGCGUGACACGGUCCAAGACCAUGACCAUGACCGCCAGGCCUUUGAAGGUGACCGACCUGAAAGUGUGGAACUACGAUGGCAGCAGCACUGGACAGGCAGAUGGACACAAUUCGGAGGUGCUUUUGAAGCCAAGGGCGAUUUUCAACGAUCCUUUCCGUGGCUAUCCAAAUGUGAUGGUGCUUGCUGAUGCUUGGAACGCCUGGGAUGAUCAGCCAGCAAAGAACAACACUCGAGCCCCGUGUGCCGAGAUCAUGGACAUGUACCGCUCCUUGGAUCCUUGGUUCGGCAUCGAGCAAGAGUACACCCUGAUGAAACCGGGCAAGGUUGGCUUGAAGCCCACAGUUCCCUUGGGCUUCAACGCAGAUGGCAGUGAGCCAGCGCCACAAGGGCCGUACUACACAGGUGCUGGCUUCAAUGUGGCCAUCGGCCGUCCGGUGGCAGAUGAGCACUACAAGUUGUGCAUGGAGGCAGGUGUGAAGAUCUCAGGCAUCAAUGCAGAAGUGAUGCCUGGCCAGUGGGAGUUCCAGAUUGGCCCAUGCCGUGGCAUUGAGAUGGGAGAUCACCUGACGAUGGCUCGAUACAUCAUGCUGCGCGUGACAGAGAAGCACGACUGCGUUUGCUCUUUUGAGCCCAAGCCAGCAAAGGGUGACUGGAACGGUGCCGGAUGCCACACCAACUUCUCUGUCACACCUAUGCGAGUUGCCGGUGGCUAUGACACCAUCAUCAAGGUGUGCGAAGCAUUUGGCAAAGUCGCCAAGGAACACAUUGCCGAGUACGGGGAGGACAAUGACAAGCGCCUCACUGGCAAGCAUGAGACCUGUGACAUCAAUACUUUCAAGUACGGCGUGGCCAACCGCGGUGCCUCCAUCCGCAUCCCCCGGGAGGCCGAAAAGAGCGGCCGCGGGUACAUGGAGGACCGUCGACCGGGGGCGAAUUGCGACCCAUACCGAGUGACGAAGAUCAUCAUGAAGACCACUGGUGAGUGUCUGAGCGCUGAGACGAUCGAAGCAGGAGGCAAGACCCACACGGCCUUCGUCUUCAUCAAGCCCCACGCCAACAACGAGAAGGUCCAGACGUUGGUGAAGGAGAAAUUGACCAGCGAAGGCCUCACCAUCAAGUCUGAGGGCACCAUCAAGUCCACCGUCAUCGACAAGAAGAAGUUGAUCGACACCCACUACGGUGCCAUUGCGGCCAAGGCGGUGACGAUGAAGCCCAAGGACUUGACGGUCCAGGAGAAGUCGCAGGAGGAAUUUGAGAAGCAGUUCGGCGUGAAGUGGAGCAAAGUCAUGGAGGACGGACUGGUCUUCAACGCCAUGGACGGUGCGAAGAAGCUGGGCAUCACGGCCGAUGAGUUGGGCAAGAAGUACGAUGCGCUCAAGAAGGGGGAGGGCAUCAUCAAGUUCGGAGGCGGCUUCUACUGUGGAAAGGUGGAUGACAUCUAUGUCAUCAACGGCUUCUACAUGAACAUGCGCUCCAAGUUCACCGCACCGGGAACCAGUAUCUACUAUUAUGAGGUGGAGUGGCCCGUGGAGAAGAUGCCUUGGGCCGACUUCCGUGGGAAGCUGCUGGGCCCCACCGACCCUGCGAGCGCGCCGGAGGGCUCCCUGCGCCAGCAGAUCUACAGCAAGUGGUCCGACCUGGGUUUGAAAGCGCAGCCUGACACCGGCGACAACGGUGUGCACGCCUCGGCGAGCCCCUUCGAGGCGCUGGCCGAGCGCUGCAACUGGCUCCGGGCGUCCAUUUCAAAGGAUGCCUUCGGCAAGGGCCUGCUCGCCAGCGGCAUCCCCUUGCCCAUUUUGACCAAAGAAUGGUUCAACGAUCCUCAAGUGGACUUCGAGGGUGGAAAGAAGUCCUUGUUUGACCUCUUGGAGGAUUUGGACGCGGCGGCGUGCUUGAAGAAGUGCAAGGAGAUUGUCCGCUUGGAGGGCGGAAGUGGAGAGUUCGCCUUCAAGGAGGCCAACCUGCAGCUGCUCUUGGCGGGUGCCAGCUGCCCGGACGGCGGUGGUGUGGUGGAGGGCCUCGAUGAGCUCCUGGCCCAGGUGGGAGGGGAGUCGGGAGCUGCUGUUUCAGCACGGUUUCUACCAUCUACAGACCUCCGUUUGGAUCCAGCCUUUACGUGGAUCACACGCAUCUCCAUAGUUCUCGCGGGACUUUUUCCGAAUUUGAUGGAACAUCUGGAUUUCUUGGGGUUAGAUAUGCUGCUGAUGGCCUUUGGAAAAGACCUUCCCCUGUCACGACGCCCCGCGCGCCGCAGCGGGCCCUCCGCCAUGACGAGCCCCGGGCUCGCCUCGCCGCGCAGCCCGCGCAGCCCGCGCAGCCCGAGCCCGCGGGCGCCGCCGGAGGUGAAGCCGCUCUUCUCGGCCUCCUCGGACCACAGGUGCCUCUCGCGUGCAGCGGCCGACGCGGGCGGGGAGGCGUGUGAUGAGCGCCAGCUGCUGCUGAUCAAGACGCGGGUCGCGUCGCAUAGGCUCUCCCAGUGCAAGGCCAAGCUCGGCUCCUGCGCAGCGCGUUUGGACCACCUCCAGCGCCAGAAACGCCCGAGGCGGCAAGACUUGCUCGAGGCCUCCAGGCUGCUGCUGGAGGUGGUGUUCCUCCUCACGGAGGCCGACCGAGAGCGGCGCGGGCGGGGCGACCGCUCGGAUGCUCGGACCAGGACACCUAGUCCAAGGAGGCCCUGCUCGCCGCACUUCGGCACUCCGGAGCUUGCCUCUUCGGCGGAACGAGUGGCUGGGCGACGUACUUGUCGCUGA